GGGCGGCGAUGCAAGCCCCUCCUUGCGGCGCCCGCCUCGCGCUGCCGCGCCUCAGUCGAGUCGACAGCGCGCCAACUCGCAGCGGUCCGUUCUUGUCGCGUCACGGGCGCGCGUAAAAAGUUUUACAGACACUCCGAAACUUGCGAUCUUUGCGCCGACACCAAACUGAUGCUAUACAUUGUUACGCUCCACGUAGACCGGUGUUUUAUUUAGGACUAUAUCAUAAUAUUUGUGCUUAAUUUUCAUAUUGUGGUAUCUUGUAAAUAAAAAAAAACGUUUUGUAAACUUUUUUCGGCGAAACAAACUCCGUAUCUCGAUUCGAACAAUAGAUUUUGAUAAGCUAGUAAGGUUGAUUAGGAGUGAAUGGUGGAGGACGUCGACGUAGCGUCAAGAUAUCAACUUAGUUUGCGGGUGCGCAGGCUAUGCCAGAGCUCGCAUAUGGGAUGUUCAGACGGUGACGCGUGCGAGAGGCCGGGCUCGGAGGCCAACUUGAUGCUGGUGCAGGCUGAGGGCCGCGACCGGCCCGCCAUGGAGGAGGAGUGCUCCGCGAGGCCGUGCGCCACAGACUUCUCCAUCGCCGCCAUAAUGGCCCGGGACAGACAGGAGAGGAGAGAACGGCGGAGGCAAAGGGACCCAAGGGAAGAUACGCUUAUGCCCCUAGAAAAGUUCGUGGAUGCCGCGGCCUCCGCCUCAGUGUCGCCUUCUCCACCCCUAGCGGAGUAUGAGAGAGACUCCCCUGUGGAUGUGUCAUCGACUUCAGAAGCGGGCUCCGCUAGCGGGGCCGCGGGCGGCUCCCGGGCGCUCUCGCCGCCUCCCCGCAACCCCCAGCUCACGGAGCGAUGGUCAAGCGAAGAGAUGCGCCACAUCCAGUGCCAUCUCGAGACGAAGGAGCUCUGGGACAAGUUCAACGAACUCGGAACGGAAAUGAUCAUCACCAAGACUGGGAGACGCAUGUUCCCGACGGUGCGCGUGUCGUUCGCGGGGUGCCGGGCUGAGGCACGGUACGCGGUGUUACUGGACGUGGUGCCCGUGGACGGCAAGCGCUACCGGUACGCGUACCACCGCUCCUCGUGGCUCGUGGCCGGCAAGGCGGACCCGCCCGCGCCCGCGCGCCUCUACCCGCACCCCGACUCGCCCUUCAGCGGCGACCAGCUGCGCAAGCAGGUCGUCUCCUUCGAGAAGGUCAAACUCACCAACAACGAGAUGGACAAAAACGGACAGCUGGUGCUUAAUUCAAUGCACAAAUAUCAACCACGUAUCCAUUUGGUCCUACGAAGAGAAGGCGCCGUUAACGCACCGAUAACUGAUCUUGAGCAAGAAGAAUUCAAGACUUUCAUUUUCCCGGAGUGCGUGUUCACCGCAGUGACGGCAUACCAGAAUCAACUCAUUACAAAGCUGAAAAUUGACAGCAAUCCUUUCGCGAAAGGAUUUCGCGACUCUUCACGUCUCACAGAAUUCGAAAGAUUCUAUGUGACGGGCGAGCACGAAAGAUCCUCAGUCUACCCCGAUGUCAGUCGCUUCAGCGCCGCCCAGCAUAGGGAGACGAUGGAGUCGAUGUUGGCGGAGCAGCACUACCUUCGGUCGCCGCUGCGGCCUUUCGACUUGGAUCAGCAUAACAACAACUUGACGUUGGAAGAGAAGGCGAUAUUGGCGGCGCGCUCUCAGCUGUUUCUUCGAGCCGCGUACCCUUUGUACGGAGUGCCGGCAGCAGCUUUGUGGGGACAGUGGGCGUGCUUAGCGCCGCAGUUACUGGCGCAGCAGCACUUAGCAGCGUCAGGGUCGGGACUGCAGCUACCCCGGCCCGUGUACCCGGGAGGCCUACCCGCCGGGGCUGCCAGCUUAUCGCAGCACAGAUUCUCCCCGUAUCCACCGCGACGGUCAUCACCUGGCUCCUCACCAGACUCUCUUCGAGACGCGAGCCCCCACCCCGUUCCUCUCCCUCCGCAUCCAUCACACACACCUCACCCACCCCAUAGCCCGACUUAGUGAUGAAACUUAACUAGAAAAUAUAAAAUUAUUCUUUAAGCACAUACAUUGUUGUUGGAAGUGCGCUAGUUUACAAAUUUAAUAGUGUACGAGAGACUGCCGUGUUUAUUGCAUGUUGUUGGAAAAGUGAAAUUGAUAAUUUCGAACUAUCGAUGUCAGUGAUAAAGACUAUUAUGAAAUAUGAUUACGCUGCGUGCGUGCGUGCAAACUGUGAAGUUGUGAAGAGAUAAUUUUAUGAAGUUGUAAAAUAAUGUAAUAUACGAGUAUAAUAUUUAAUUAUAAUUUAUCUGUAAUUAUAUUUGUUAUGUUCCUAAUAGUAUUUCUGGUAGUGAUGGUUUCCGCUAUUCAUGUUAUAGCUUUAGUGGUAUAGAUUUAACAUUGAAUGGAAGCGUUGUUUCGCUCCACUGAUCUGCUGUGGAUCAGUAGUGUAAAUUGACUUGAUAAGUUAAAAAUUCGUUCCGUGAUCGCACCUGAUUUUCUGCUUAUAUUCAGGUAUAAUGUGCAAUACAAACUGAUUACAAAAUUAUUUAGAAAAGUAACUUGAUUAGACAUAGCCGAAUAGAAAUAGGUAUUAAUGUAGAAACUAUACUUGCUGUCUGUGUUACUAUUAAUUGAAACAUCUUUGGUAAUUUUAUGGGCGGACACAGAAGUGAAUAUUCAAUCACUUUGUAGUUAAAAUACAGUUAUGAUAGAUAAUAUAUUGCUAAAGAUUAAAAAAUUAAAUGUUUGUUAACA